ACAAACUGGUCCACAUGCAUGUUGCAUGCAGCAGGAAGAAAAUAAACAAGACUGGACUGGUAACUGACUGGAGGACAUCACUUUCUUGCUCUAUGAUCUGAGGGAAUUUAAGCUUGUCAACAUGGACUUGGCAAAGUCUGCCGUUCUGUUCUUCACUUUGUCAUCUUUAAGUCUUGUAGAAGGGUUAGACAAUGGUUUAGCCAGGACUCCACCCAUGGGCUGGAAUUCAUGGGAGAGGUUCCGCUGUAACAUAGACUGUGAAAAUGAUCCUAAGAAUUGCAUCAGUGAGGUGUUGUACAGAGAAAUGGCGGAUGCAUUAGCGGAUGGUGGUUUUAAACAGGCUGGGUAUGAGUUUAUCAACAUGGAUGACUGCUGGAUGUCUAAAGCAAGAGAUGCACAGGGUCGUCUGCAGCCAGACCCACUCAGAUUCCCAAAUGGCUUAAAGGCUCUUGCUGAUUAUAUCCAUUCGAAAGGGUUGAAGUUUGGUUUAUACCAGUCUAUGGGUCUGAAAACCUGUGCUGGGUAUCCUGGCAUAUGGGGUCAUAUUGAAGAUGAUGCUAAGACGUAUGCAGAGUGGGGUAUAGACCUUGUCAAGAUGGAUUCCUGCUAUAAUCUUGGAAAGAAGCUGUUUGGUGAAGGUUUCAUCAAUAUGUCUCGUGCCCUCAUUGAGACCCAUCGACCUAUUGUGUUUUCAUGUGAAUGGGCACAUGAACUCAAUCCAAACUUCACUGAAAUUGGAGAAUAUUGUAACUCGGUACGAGAUUUUGAAGAUAUGCAGGAUUCCUGGGACAAAGUGCUUUUCAUUCUUGAUUGGUUUGCAUCAAUGCAAGACAUCUUGGCUAAUGCGUCUGGACCUGGGAGAUACAAUGAUGCAGACUUUCUGAUUAUUGGCGAUUUCACCCUGAGCUAUGAGCAAGCCCAGUCUCAAAUGGCUCUUUGGUCAGUCAUGACAUCCCAGUUGUUUAUGUCCAAUGACCUACGAGAUAUUGAUCCCAAAAUGAAGGAGAUUUUACUCAACUUGGAAGUCAUAGCUGUCAAUCAGGACAAGCUGGGCAAGAUGGGCAAGAGAAUCUACAAGAAUUCCUACUUUGAGGUUUGGACUAAAGUGAUGGAAAAUGGAUCAUAUGCAGCUGUGAUUUUCAGUCGAGCUACGGAUAUGCCUCACAACUUCACAACAACCAUGAAGGAUCUUAAGAUCACUGACUCACCACUUUACUCAGUACGAGACUUGUUCAAGCACAAAGACAUUGGAAACUUUAAACAAAAUGAUAAAUUGGAGGUUAGUGUUAAUCCUAAUGGAGUAGUGAUGAUUAAGGCUACACCAACAAACAAUGAACAAAAUGCAUCUCUGUGGAAGGAAGGGAAAUGAACAAAAAUUUAAACAAAAUCUUAAAUAUUCAAAGACUUUCCAGACAUUGUUUUCUGAUGACUAGUUGUUUAUGUGUUCUCUUAUAGUCACUAAAAGUUAGUUAUAUGUAGUACUUUAAUUUUUUUUUAUAUAUUUAUAAAAAUAAAAUACUCUAUUUGCUGUUUUUACUUUUGUAUCAACCAAAAUGUCAGGCUCUGAGCCAACCUUUGUACAAAUAACUUACAGGGUUUACCGAAGGCAGUGGUGAAAGACUUCUCUUGAAAUAUUAUUCCAUGAAAUGCUUU